UCAAACACUUAAAGAUGGAAGCAAUUACUAGUACAAUAACUAGUGCUUCAUCCCAUUCCCUGCAGCUCGAAACGGAGCUCCGGCUGGGGCUCCCCGGAGAAGACAAGAAGAGAGUAUUUUCCGAGGUAGCAGUCGUCGGAUGGCCGCCGGUCUGCUCCUACCGGAGGAAGAAGACCAUGAGGAUCGAGGAGGACGACGACAGCAAUAUUAAUAAUGUUGAAUCAUCAUCGACAAGUACAAAUAGAUUAUACGUGAAAGUAAGCAUGGAUGGAGCGCCAUAUCUGCGGAAGAUCGACCUCCGCUCCCACAACCAAUAUUCCCAUCUCCUCGCCGCCCUCCGCCGGCUCUUCCGCUGCUUUCAAAUCGGUCGGGACAGAGAAGAAUGCAAUGAAUAUAUCGCAAUAUAUGAAGACAAAGAUGGCGACUGGAUGCUCGUCGGAGAUGUGCCAUGGGAGAUGUUUGUGGAGUCAUGCAAAAGGUUAAGGAUUAUGAAGAGAUCCUCGUCGUCAUCCUCGUCUUCUUCGUCAUCUUCAAAUGCAUAGUCUACCGACUGAAGAUCCUGUGUAAUUAUAAUACAGAUAGAUGGGCAGAUUUGUCAUUUUACCUUACUUGUUCUUGGAUAAUGAAUGAUAUAUACACACUACUUGUCUUCAUAGAAAAACUUAGAUGAGAUAA